UUCAAGUAACUCAUUGGGUUGUAGCUUUUCGUUUCUAACAAGGUGUUUAUCACGUUCCCGACCUAACAUGGCACCGGAGAUCAAGUACACGAAGCUUUUCAUUGACAACAAGUGGGUAGACGCUGUCAGCGGCAAGACUUUCGAUACAUACAACCCUCACGAUGGUUCCGUCAUCGCAACGGUGGCUGAGGGCGAUGAGGCCGAUAUCAACUUAGCGGUGGCGGCGGCAAAGCGCGCUUUCCAUCGCAACUCCGAAUGGAGACUAAUGGACGCCUCUCAACGUUGGGCAGUUCUGGACAAGUUCGCCGACCUGGUGCAACGAGAUGCGCAGUACCUCGCCGAGUUGGAAUGUCACAACAAUGGAAUGUUGCUUUCUUCUGCACUCCUGUCAUUAAAGUACGGUGUUGUGGAAAAUAUCCGAUACUUAGCCAGUUUAGCUGAUAAAAUACAGGGAGAUACCGUACCUUUGAACGGAGAAGUCUUCGCGUACACUCUGAAGCAGCCCAUUGGAGUAUGCGGCCUUAUCCUGCCUUGGAAUGGACCAAUCCUUCUAUUUGUAGUCAAAGUUGUAGCUGCCUUGGCUGCAGGAUGCACUGUGGUGGUGAAGCCAGCAGAGCAAACACCGCUGACAGCGCUGGCGCUGGCCGCGUUACUGCAGGAAGCCGGACUGCCGGCAGGCGUUGUUAACGUCGUUAACGGCUUCGGUGUUGGCGCCGGUACCACGCUUACUCACCACCGUGAUGUGGCAAAGAUCUCAUUCACCGGAUCACUUGAAGUUGGCAAGCUUAUUCAGCAAGCAGCGGGAGCCAACAACCUGAAGAGAGUGACACUGGAGCUCGGCGGCAAGAGUCCGCUGGUCAUCAUGGAUGACGCAGAUUUAAAUGUAGCAAUUCCGUACGCUGCGUACUCUAUCUUCUCACACCAGGGCCAGAUGUGUAUUGCGGCGUCCCGACUCUAUGUUCAGUCCGGUAUCUACGACAAGUUUGUGCAAGGAGCUGUCGCCAUGGCUAAGAAGAGGGUCAUCGGUAACCCAACAGACCCCGCUACCGAACACGGACCACAAAUUGACGCUGAGAUGUUUAAUAAAGUACUGGGUUAUAUUGAGUCGGGUAAAAAGGAGGGUGCGAAAGUACUAACUGGAGGAAAGAGAGUCGGCAACACUGGCUACUACAUAGAGCCAACAGUUUUUGUUGACGUUACAGAUGAUAUGAAAAUUGCCAAGGAAGAGAUUUUCGGUCCGGUCCAAUGCAUACUCAAGUUUGACACAUUGGAGGAAGUUAUCGAGAGAUGUAACAACACCAACUACGGCCUCGCCGCCGGCAUCUUCACCAAUGACCUCAACACUGCUUUGCAGUUUAGCAAGCACGCGGAAGUCGGCAAAGUUUGGAUAAACACAUAUUUAAUGAUGGGACCACAGGCACCAUCUGGUGGAUGGAAAGAUUCAUCUAUUGGAAUUGAAAAUGGUCUUCAGGCUGUCGAUGCGUUUUUGGAAUUGAAAACAGUGGCCAUAAACUUGCCAAAGAAGUUUUAAAAUAAUUAAUUUAUGUUAUUUUAUGUUAAUUACAUGUAAAUAAAUUGUGAUUUUAAUUUGUAUUUAAAUUCCAAAUUAAGUAAGCGUAAUGAAUGCUGUAGCUGUAUGAAGAUUUGGAAAAAGUCUUAGGGAGAAGAAGAAUGGUUUAUCAAAUUCCGUUCAUGGCGGCCAUUAGCACUCUAACAAAGAACAAUUUUAACUGUAUUUUAAGCUAUAAAUUUUGUAAAAUCUGGGUAGUUCCCAAUCUUCCUUCUUACUAAUAUCAUAAAUGCUAAAGUUUAGAUGGAUGCAUAGUUGUUUGUUAGAAUUUGUAGCCUAAACUGUUUCCAAGCGGAAAGAGUCGCUGGAGAAAGAUUUAAUAGUUUUUUUUGGAAAAAAAUGCUUUUAAGAAAAAAUUUCGUAAUUAACGGAUUUUAGCGUAUAUCGAAUUUUUUUGUUUACUUUUCAUUCACGGCCAUAUGAUAAGAUAAUAGGCAAUAGGCGGUCCCUCUCAUGUAAUAUUUUUGGGUUAAGUGCAUCCCUGGAGCAUUACAGUUUUCCACAUGUAAUUUUGAACAACAAAACGAUAUCAAUUAUUCUAUCUUUCUAACGAAACAGAUUAGUUAUUUUAUUUAAUUAACACAACAGUGUUGG